AAAAAUAUAUAUUUAUGACGUCCAUUAUGCGUUCAAAAUUAAAUUUUCUCAAUAAUUAAUUACAGUGCAAAAUCAAUGAUCUGUGUUUCGAGCUCCAGAAAUCUACACUCCGACCUCGACCUCGACCUCCGUCUUCCCACCCGCCGGCUUACCAUCGGGACUUUCCGGCAAGCUCACAACGUUCUCUGUAGUGAAAAAAACAAGUUGAAGGAUAUGGCUAACAAGUUACAGAUUCAAGGGGAUGAAUCAGUUCUUCUACGUCUUACUCACUCCAACAUCAAGAGUUUUUCUGCCGAUGUUCGGUUCUCUCUGCAAGACGAAUAUCUGGCUAAUUGUAUUCUUUACUCAAUUUAUGAUUUAAGAGAUAUGAUCAUUCUUCUUUUCUGUUUAGUGGUUUUGUUGGUGCUGGUUAUGUCAGUAGAGGCUGUGAAAGAGAAAUUAUGGAGAAAGUGCGGAACUUCCAUUGACUCUAUGUGCCUUGAGCUCUAUGAUGAUACGGGAGCUAAAGUUGCAAACCUAGCGGAUAACACCAGACUGCUUGGGUUCUAUUCUCCACAAGAUGGUUUCCGGCUGCACAUCAUUGAUCUUGACCCCACAUCAGUGACGUCUGGUGGUUGGCUGGAUGAUACAUCCCUUGUUGAGAAAUACAAAAUUUCCGAUGAAGCAUAUGACAAACUUGAUGGUACAUACAGGAAGUUUAAGGAAAAACUGGGACAUCAACAUUCAAAUACCGAGUCUAAAAUUGCAGACAACUACAUGGAGGAUCUUUGUGCGAACAUAAAGGUGGGAGACAGAUGUCAAGUUGAACCAGGGGAGAAAAGAGGGGUUGUGAAAUUUGUGGGUCGGGCCGAAACUCUUCAACCUGGUUUCUGGGUGGGAAUCCAGUAUGACGAACCUCUUGGGAAACACGAUGGCCUUGUAAAAGGAAAGCGUUAUUUUGAGUGCCCGCCUCUUUGUGGUGGAAUGGUCAGACCGGACAAAGUCAAGGUCGGUGACUUUCCAGAACGAGAUCCUUUCGAGGAAGAUGAAAUAUGAGUUCGAACAGCAGAGGCUAGGAUGUCAGGCAUGUGUGUGAAUUCAUAUUUCAUAUUCUAAUUAUGUUUUGAGGAACAUAUCAUCACAAAUUGAAACGCAUCAUAUUCUAAUUCGGCUAGCAAAAGGCUCGUGCUUUUCGAAAGUGUGCUGCCAUUUUAUGCUCUUUCAGUCUCCGUUUACAUACGUCGGAUUUGAAAGUUUUAAAUGCCCGCUCAUUAUGAUUUAUGACUUGUGUUCUUGGAACAUAUUUAUUUGCACAAUGCAAAUUCUUGUGUAGGACGACCUAUUCAUCAUACUUCUUUAACAAGAUUGCAUAUUUUUAUUGUGAAACGUCAU